AUGUCCUACGACCAGCUCCGUGUAGCUGUUAAGGAAGCGUGGGAGCAAGUUGGAGAAGCUGAGCUUAAUGCUCUCCUUAAUAGUAUGCCUACACGUAUGGCAGCAGUAAUUGCUGCAAAUGUGUUCAUGACGCGUGAGAAUCGGAUCUACUACAACAAGGUUCCGCCACAUCUAUACUUCUCAAAGACGGAAAUGGCUGUUUGGAGAAACUUCACCUCAUGGAAUCUUGAUGGUGACAUUGCAUAUCUUCCUGGGCCAGCUGAGUGGUACCCUGAUAAUUACGAUACUACUCAGCAUGGUUUCCAUGUUGAUCUUGAUGCUGGCAGAGCAUAUGAAGCUUGGGAGAUGUUGGCUGAAGAAACCGAGCCUACCAAUUUCAAGUGGGUCUUGCCAUCCGAUGAUACAUUGGUACUGUUGCCUCCAACAAAAGAAUCAGAGGAGUUUCUCAGCCAGUUCUACGAAAUGUAG